GAAAGACAGCCAAGCUGACUGGGUCGGAGAAGCGAAAGAUCGCGCCAGCAGCAUUCUUGGUAAUAUGAAGGAGAAGUUCGAGAAGCUCUUCCGAGAGGACGGACAAACCAAGGAUGUGGGGGAUGGCUGCUUGGGCGGUGGCGGCUCUUUCUGCAAUGAUAUUGGCUUCUACAACUCUCCGGAUGGCUUUUUCGU